UACUACCUUGCUUUCUUGCUCGGUCGAUCGGCAGCGUGCGUGCGUGCGUGCGUGUCGGAUCGAUCGGAUCACUGACGAGAUAUGUGCGGCGGCGCCAUCCCCGGCGGCAAGAGGAGCGUCUCCACCGCCGACGACCUCUGGCCCAGUGACGAGGACAACUUCACCACGGCGGCGGCGGCUGCGGCGGCGGCCGUAUCACCGGAUCAGCAAGCGGCGGAUGAGGAGCAGCCGCCGGCGAGGAGGCAGCGGCGCGGGGAGCGGAGGACGCUGUACCGGGGCAUCCGGCGCAGGCCGUGGGGGAAGUGGGCGGCCGAGAUCCGCGACCCGGCCAAGGGCGCCCGCGUCUGGCUCGGCACCUUCGCCACCGCCGAGGCCGCCGCGCGGGCCUACGACCGCGCCGCCCGCCGCAUCCGGGGCACCAAGGCCAAGGUCAACUUCCCCAACGAGGACAACGCCUACGCGCUGCUGCCGCCGCCGCACCACCUCGCCUACUACAGCGACGCCUCCUCCUCCACCACCACCUCCUACCUGUACCCGACGAUGACCGUCCCGCUCGCCGCCGCCGCGCCGCAGCAGCAGCAGCAGCUGGUGACGAUGGUGGAGUACGGCGGCGACUCCGUGGACGUGGCUAGCGUCGGGAUGGGAUACUUCCAGCCGCCGCCUUAUGAAUUCUCCGCCGGUGGCGCCGUCGUCGUGCCGGUCUCGGCAGCGGCGCCGGCGCCGAUGGCGUACGGGCAGAGCCCAGAGGUGGCAGCUCCGCUCAUGUGGAACUUCGACGACAUCACGGCCAUGCCAAUGUGAUAGUAUUACGCUGGAGAUUAAGCUAGGCUUAAUUAUAGAUUACAUAAAUCCGCCAUGCCAUUGCUCCUCCUAAUCUCCUAUUGCUCAAGGGCUUAAUUAAGUGUAUCUGGCAUGGCUGGCUUAGCUUACAAUUUAUUUCCUUUUCAUUUCUUCUCUUGCAUUUCUCUCACAUUUUGAGAUGAGCUAGUGUCUGGUCAUACGACUAUUUGUUCAUCUUUUCUUGUAGUGGUGGACAUAUAUUUUCACCGGUUAGGCUUGGAAUUUGUAAACAGAACAAUUAUC